CCUGUUAUUACAUCAGGCGACAACAUGCUCCUUGUCGGUGGAGGGACAUAUCUGUGACUGUAAGGUGUAAUUUAUGAUUUCAUUUGGUUCCACCGCUGCUAAACUGGUUGGGUUCAGAAGAGGUCGCAGUUCACAGGCGGCUCGUCGACUUGAAGCUGAAAUGUGCAAAGAACUGAAGACCAAACUGCUCCGUUUGUUGCCGCAGACUUCCAAUGGGCCGACGAUUCACCAGGACAUCCAAACAGAUGAUGCUGAGAUCCUGCAUUGUGCUGUGAAGGCUCUGAAGGACGGUCACGUUGUUGCUGUUCCCACCGACACCAUCUACGGCCUGGCGUGUCUGGCCCAAAGCUCUGAGGCUGUGAGAAAAAUCUACGACGUGAAAGGACGGAACGGACACAAGCCCCUGGCCAUUUGUGUUGGAGAAAUACAAGAUAUCUAUAAAUACUGCAAGGUGAAGGUGAAGGAGGAGCUGUUGGGUGACCUGCUGCCUGGUCCCGUCACUCUGGUGUUUGAAAGGUCCCACGCUCUGAACACAGAUCUCAACCCUUUUACUUCACUCGUAGGUGUACGUAUUCCCAAUCACGCCUUCAUGAGGCGCCUUUGUCAGAUGUGUGGAGAACCGUUAGCGCUCACCAGCGCCAACAUCAGCUCACAAACCAGCACAGUACAAGUACAUGAGUUUCAGGAGCUCUGGCCUAAACUGGCUGUGGUGGUAGACGGUGGUCCGAUAGGAGACCAGAGCCGCCUCGGGUCAACAGUCAUUGACUUGUCGGUCUUCUGCAAAUACAGAGUCAUCAGACCCGGCUGUGCCCUUUCCUCUACGCUUGAUGUGUUGGAAAGAAAAUACGGGCUGUCAGAGGACUCAGGGGAAGAAUGACCUUUAAACUCUACGCACUCUGAAACGCACGCCGAGACGCACAACCAGCUCUGACCCAGGGCAUACGUGGCAAAACAAGAAUCAGUGAGUCUGACUUUCCUGGGAAAAGCCGAAACUCAGGAAGAAAUCAGAUCUUACGUCACUGAUGGCAGCUGUCUUCAGGCCUGGAGGUACAUUUUCCCCUGGGAGAUUUUCAUUUAUUACAGUUGAUCUAUAAUUAAAUGAAGUGAAGGAAGUCUCAGCUUCCUGUUUAUUCAAAUAAACAAGAUCUGCUGGAUCUUUAAAACGAGGACUGUUCAUGGAAAAAGGGGGUUUCAGACUAGAUUUUCACUUUGAAUAAUAAGUGCACCAUUAGAGA